CACGGGGUGCGAUGAGCGCAUUUGCGCAGUUCCGCACGAGUAUAUACCAUGGAUGUCAGUCGGUCAUCUGUCAGUCUUGGUACCGUUUAUACCCGGAGACCCUCAACAUCGCCAUUGCUGCCAUCACUGAGUGUUGAUGUCUUACAAUUCUUGUCAUCAAGAGAAUUGGCUUAAGACAAGGGUUCUGGCGGUUUCACGACUUGCACAUAAUGACUCGAUCGCUCCAAACGCAGCCUUGCGACUAGCACUCAAUACCAACUUCCUUGAAGUAUGAUCUGCUGCGUGUCGGCACCCUUACAACUCUUGACCUUUCCCGGUCCUCAGAAUUACGUUCUCGACUUUCAGCACCAGUACAAGCACCUGACCUCCACAGGGUUCGGGUGGAAACACGGUUCGCGACGAAGUCCCUCGUCCAAAUUGUCAACACCUAUACGCCGACUCGAUUCCCGAAGCAUGGUCAGGGCCUCGGGAUCACCAGCCCAGAAGAAACCCUCGAGACCUUCAGCCGGUCAAGCUUCCUCGCCGCGAGAUACUCACAAGAACUCUGCCACGACUUUGUCAGUUACAUCUACUGUCGUUAGUCCAGGCACAGAGAAUAAACAGACAAAAGCACACCAAAGUCGACCUUCGUCAUGCAGCUCUACGCCCUCAGUCAAGUCAGGACUCAGAACGGCUAGGGCUGCAGCGGAAGAGGUAGAGGAAGCAGGCGACUCUGAUACCAGCGAGGACAGUUGCUCCAGUGUCAUAAGCAGUGACAUGAACUUGUCCGAUUUGGAGAGUCCUCCAACUAGUCCCGAACCCGACUGGCCACACGAGAGCGCUCUGGAGCGCAAGAAGAGGGAACUCGUAGAUAUUGGAAUGGCAGUUUUCAACGAAGCCUUCCACGCUACCCUUGCCCAGCUUGAAUUCGGUCAUGAUUCGGGGAAUGGCAGUGGCUCGCACCAGCCAGGCAAACCGUCGACAAGCAAAGGCAAGUCCGGGAACCAGCAGCCCCUCGGGGGCCAGAAGAGACAGCUCAUUGACAGCGAUGACGACGGAGCCGACGAUCUCGGGGAUGGCAAUUUUGGUGAUAGAAACGGCAACAAGCGAGCCAAGAAGACAGCUGAACGCCGGUUUGCAUGCCCAUACUUCAAGCAUAACCCCGAUAGGUACAGGAAUGAGAGAACAUGCUGCGGCCCCGGGUGGACGACUGUGCAUAGGUUGAAGGAACACCUACUACGGAGACACGCUUUGCCAAAACAUCUCUGUCUCCGCUGUUACAAAACAUUCAAGUCCGAGGCUGAGUACGGCGACCACCAGCGCGCUGCGACGCGCUGUCCGCUGGAACGGGAGAACCCCUGGGACGGGUAUUUUGACCAGGCGACGCAGAAGAUCCUUCGCUCCCGCCAGAAGGCAUCUUCUCCUGAGGUUGAAAAGUGGAAGGACGUCUACCGUCUCCUCUUCCCUGGCGAUCAUGUUCCAUCUCCAUUCUACGACGAUGACGAAGGCGAGUGCGGCGGCGGCCCCCGCAAAGUCCUCAGCGGCGGCAAGCGGGGAGGACCCGAGCUCGUAGAGUACGAGCGCUACCUGCUCCGGGAGAUGCCCGCGCGCGUCCGGCGCGAGCUCGAGUUCGCCGUCGAGCAGGAGCUCAACUGCGUCGAGGAGAACAUGAAGAACAAGGCUAUCGAGAUCUUCAAGAACCUGGAGCUCAAGCUGCUCCGCGACUUUGCCGACCGCGCCGCCGCCGCCGCCGGUGGUGGUGGUGACCGGCGCUCGUCCUCGCCC